AUGCGCCCGCUGGCCUUGACUCUGAUCCUGACCUCACUGUUUGCUCCUCUUCAUGGAGACACGUAUCUGGCCGCGCCCAUCUUUCCGCUCUAUAGUGCCCUAUUCCUCCCACCAUCCAAUAUCAGUCGUAAGUUUUUCUUUUUAACUACGAUAUUCGGUUAUUCAGAAGAAGAUGACCAUCGAGAAUAUUUGGCUACAAUGGAGUCGAUCAGGCCGAUUCUGGAUGUGGCCAUGAUCGAUGCUUAUCGUUAUUAUCUCCAAGGAUGGGCUCCCGGUCCCGAGGAAUGGCUCUACAUCAAGGAGGCCCCGAUCAAGGGAUGCGAUGAUCAGAAGGAGGCCGCUUGGGCCACUCUCGCCGCUUAUCAGUGGACCAAUGGAUCCGGGGUGAGUCCUGAAACGAAACCUUUGGCUUAAGUUUGUGAAACUACUGUUAUAGUUUUAUUCCUCCGUGAUUGAUGGUUUGUCCUUUUUACGAGUCUGGGAUGACCUUUCCUUGGCCACAUGGCUGACCAGACAUGUUUAUCGCCUUUUUUCAUUCAUCUUCUUUUCAGUUGGAUCUUGCCUUCGGACCUGCGUGUGAUUAUGUCUUGGCCAGUGUGGGUAGAAUCCUCGGCUUCUUCAAGGUCCCUAUGUUCACGAAUGCCGGGUUCAGUGAGUAUUUCAAUCAGAAAAGCGACUUUCCCGUCACUCGAGUGGGUCCCUUACAAGUAAGUCCGUUUUUCCCAACCUAUCUCAUUUCUAGGACCAUAUCGUCAGAUUAUUCGGCCAGUUAGCCAAUCAAUUGGAAUGGAAACGACCCCAUUUUCUCUAUGAGAAGAGUUUCUGGGAAUCAGAAUUCUUGGAAGGGGGUUUCUGUAAGAUUCUGGGGAACGUAAGUGUUCAAAAUCAGAUCCAAAUUCAGUUUUGAAUGUUCUGCGUGCAAAACUAGCCUACGGGGCUGAUUCAUUUAUGCACAGAAAAUAAAAUUGAAAAAAAUAAAUCACAAAAUGCGUCAGAGUGGAGAAUUUGCGAUGCAAACGGAAGUGGGAGAGAAAAAUUUAACUGAAAUAACAUGAAAUUAUUAUAUUCAGGGGAUGUAUGCAUACACAGUAGAACGCCGAUGGAAUCUGACGAUUAAAGCGCAACUUCUGGAGAACGCCGAGAACGAGGGCGGAAGCCGGGAACACUUCAAACAAGUCCUCAUGGAGAACAUCGGGAACAACUUUGGCGGUAGGUCGUUAGCGACAGGAAUGCGUCGCUUAAUGUGCUCUUCUUUUGUAUUCCCUUCUGUCCAGAUCUCUCUUCCUUUUGAUUUGAGAAUCCAGAAUUGUUUUAUGGCCUCCGGCGUUGCUGAUAAGGGAGGGCAGGGACGGGUGGGUCUUGCGUGGACAAUUAUAUGCGCGACGCCCGCUAAUUGGCUGCCACUUGAAUUGCGCAAGAGUUGAUGCUUCCGUUGUUGGGUGAGGGUCUUUACCAGUCAGGACGUCUCUUGUCAAAUCCUGCUUAGAAUUAACAGAUUCGUUGGAAGAAUCUUUGGGCCGCGGAGUCGAAUUAAUCCACAAAAACGGAGCCGAGAGGCCGGGGCUCUGAUUAUUAUGAAGCCGGUGGUUGCGUGUUUCGGUGGCCUUUUGUCCGCUGGGCCAAGGAAUCCGGCCACCUUUCGGGUUAUUAUGAAUACUGCAUUAAACAUUCGUUCGCACCUUUUUAUGCUAAUUAUUCCCCGGAGGCAAAGGACGCCGAAGAGAGCCGCUGGGUUAUCUAAAGUGUCGAGUUUGUAAAUUGAGUCUCCAUUAGGAUGUAGAUAGGCCAAAGCCUGGAGGGAGUUCUUUUUAGAACUCGUAUCUUGCAGUUGGCCUCUACUGUAUACCGAACCGGCCCAUUUUUGAGAUUAAUUAUAUCCUUUCUUUAUCCAAACAUUUACACAUUCCGAGAUAUAAGAUAACGCCAGGUUUUCAUAUUCGACAGACCAGAUUGGAAAUCGGGGGAAGACGACCUUAAGUUUUAUGCCCUUCCAGAUUUUAUUUAUUUGUUCUGGCCCUCGAUUCAUUCAACUGAAUCGACGGCUUAAGUUGGCAGUUGUGGGUCAGUCCCAAUGUCUGUGGGCAAAGUAACUCUUCGCUAUGUGGAUAAAAGCAGCCAGCACGGCACCCAUACCUGGAUUAGAUCUAAUCUCUUUAGCCGUUUAGGGCCUCCGGAAGCCCAUGGGCCAAGGUGCUAUCGGCCUUCCCCGAGGGCGUUUUUUGUGGGCAAAACGAAGCGUGGAUUGUGAAUCUGGGGAGAAGAUGUCGUCCUCUUCUCCCCUUCCAUUACUUAAUUUAUUGUUGCUAUAAAGUUUGUCAGUUACAGUGUUAGAGAGGUCGCGUUAAUGUAGUUCGGCUAUGAGCCCGCAUAAUGUCAGAUGUUUGGCUCUCUGAUGGUUUUCUUUGUGUUAAUCCUCUCCGUUUGAUGCGGUUAUGUCUACUUCUGAUACUGAUGACCUUCACCAACUCUCUGGCAUCAUCUGUGGAGGUUUCCACUCCGUAUUCAACUACUCAUAGACGAAUUCGGCAUUUGGAUCCUCAUCAUGAAGAUCACGAGCAUCGUCGGGGACAUCACUUAAGGCCUCCGAAGAAGAUUGAAGUGUCUCCUCGCAGGCCAAUCUACCUCCUUUUCCCGUUGCCAGUUGUCAAGAACAAGGCCCUCAAUCCUUUCGGAAUAACCAUCGACUUGGCCCGACCGGUGGUUGAUAUUGCAGUUGAAGAGGUCUAUCGCCGCCAACUGGUCCAGCCUGGCUCUUUACAUAUUCAUUUCGAGGAUUCUCGGCUUUCCGAUGCCCAUGGGCCAAACGUGGCCAUUAAUCAUCUGGUGAAUAACGAAUUGGACUGCAUCAUCGGUAAGGUUUUAAUUAAAAUAUUUGUUUCUAAUACGAGAUCUUUUUAUUUAAGCCCUAAUUGACUUUAACUAUGCUUUUUAAGUUACUUUUCAACUAAUUGUGGUUCAGAUGAUUUAGAUUAUUUUAUUGUUGAAUGAAUAAUUAAUGUCCAAGGAAUUAUUUUAACUAAAAAAACAAAUCCUGGAUAAAACUCGAUGUCAUUUAAUUUUUAGUUUCCUAGCCCAUACGAUCUCAUAUUUUUGCAAACUUUAAUCACGUUUCUUUGCAAGAUAUGUCAACUAUAAUACUUUAUGUAAAUUCCCCAGACCUCUUUUUGAACGAAAAUGCGUUGAAAGAGGAUUAAAAAGCUAAAUGAUUCUGGAAAAUGAUGUUGCUAAUCCCUUGAUUUCAGGUUAUGGCUUUGUGUAUGCCCUUGCUCCGGUCGCUCGAAUGUCACCAUAUUGGCACGACGCUGACAGUGAUGGGAUCCCUGUCAUAACAUCCACUGGCCUUACUUCCAACCUCGACAAUCGCAAUGAAUAUGCUUUGAUGACGAGGAUCUCCAGCCCUUACAAAGUGGUGCGGAAUUGUGUUCUGAAGUUGUUUCAUCAGAUGGAUUGGCGCAAUUCUUUUUAUCUGUUUCACGAAAGUCGACACAAUAACAACGACAUCUCCAUCCCGUAUGGAGAGUGCUAUCUUCUGAUGACUUCCAUCCACGUAGAGUUGAGCAAGCUCUUCCAGAACGACCACAAUUACUUCAUGUUCAAUGAGAACCGGCUGGGUCGUGACGAAAUCGUGGAGAAACUUAAAUAUGCGAGCAUGACGAGCAGUGGUAAGCCCGAAGGGAACAUGGUGAAGGUCUUGUCUUUCUCUCAAUAAUGCCCUCCGGCCCUGUUCUGUCAAUAAUUCUGGCGUUUGGGAGGCUGUUCCGGUCAGGUCUCCCUUUUAUCUGCACGGAAUUUGCAUCUGAUUAUGCACGCUGCCCAUGAAUGCCGGAUUGUUUUUUCCUUUCGGAUCUAGAUGGCGAAGGCGAAGUGGAAUCUGGCCAUGUUUCCCUUCAAAAUCAUUGCAGAAACGUCCCUUUUUACUCUUUUUUUACUGCACUUUUAUAUUUUUUGUAUUGGCCAAAUUGAAGCUAUUUUGACGCCGUUUUCCUCGCCUCGUUUAACCAUUUGAAUACAAUUCAGAACUGCCAUUACAAGAGUUUCACAUGACUUUAGAGACCACUAUUUGGGGAAAUCUUUCCACUUCCUCCGUGUAGUCGCGGGAUAACGUCUUGAUGGUAUUUUUUUCUCAAUGUGCCACGCUUUUCUGCAAAGAACGAAAUGCCGAAGUUUGGGGCCGGAGAUAUAUUUUGUGCCCUCCUCUUCUUUCUGCUAAUUCAACAAUAUUUGUUUUAUGAUUUUUCGAUUCCCAAAGAGUUUGACAGCGAAAGCGUGAUCGGAACUGAGAAUGGCCGGAGGGGAUUUCUCCCGGGCGGAAGCCCUCAGGCGGAUAUAGAGCAAAAGGCCGGGUUUAUUACCACUGAACUGGAAAAAGACCUCGGCCGGCGGGAAAAUAAAAAAUUUUGCAAAAACUGAGAGGAGAGACCGGUAUUGGGGAAACGCCAGCAAAUAUUUUUCCUCUCUGUUCCAACCCCCCUUUCCCUUUCCCCGCCGUUCCACGGGCUUCUGAUCGGCGGAUUCCCACCUUUCCUUUCUAAACAAAUUCCUUUUGGUCGCGUAAAAUGGACACAAAAAUGGAGGAGGAAUGCUUUUUUCCAAAUCUUAAUUUUAAACUUUACCCGAAUCUGUUUUCGGCCCCUGGGAUCAGCGCUUCGACGAUGUGAAGUCGUUGUUUUCAGAUGAUUUAAUACUUGGAAUUCUGGGCGUCCAUUAGACAGAACCCCAUUUGCAGCUUUUUUUUGCAAUUAACGAGCCCUUAUGUCGGCUUGACCACUCGCUGAUAAGAAGGUGAAGAACUGGGUCCCAUCGGAAUUAUUUGAAUUUCUUUGAUGGAUAUUUGUUUAUUCGAAUCCAUUUGUUUGCCCACCCGCCGAUUAGCCGGCCAUGAUCUGGGUUUUGCACAAAAACUUUUUUCAUAUUUCUUCUCGAGAUUGACACAAAAACCCGUCAAAAAAGAACCAUUUUUCGUAUACCCGAAGGGCAAAAAUAAUGCAAGAUGAGAGGCCGGCGGGCCUGUUUGUUUCUGGAGCCUAAUCUGAUUGCCGUCACACGUUUCUCGUGUGCGUUAGUAAGCGCUGAAUGAGUCCCUUAAUGGUCCCUUUUUGUCCUUUAAAUUAUGACACGCGGGGGUUGAGCGGGAAGGGACCCUUUCUUAUCUCUAAUUUUGCCAUUGGAAGAUAAACGGGAGCACCUUGAAACCAUCCUGUUUUUGGGUAUUUUGGUUUCAUUCGGUUGGCCAUAAACCCUUUUUGUUCAUUUUUUGCGCUUAAUUUUUAGCUGAGGCCGCUCCUUCCCUUUUUUGGUCUUGGGACCUGGGGUUUCUCCCCUUUCCACUGCAAGUUAUUCUCGGGCAUUUUCUUAUACCGUUUGGCCUCAGGCCUUCAGGGAAGGGAUGCGCAAUUUUAUUGCCUGGAAUUGAGGGAAACCGCUAAUAAACUCCUCAUCUACAGUAGCCCUUGUCGGUUUAAUUUUGGGAUCUCGGGACCUGGGAUAAUUAAGGGCGGGAAAUGCCCGAGGCACCGUGUUCCUGUCGGGUUAUUGCGGCCGGUUGCAGAGCCAUUUCCGGCGAAUUCUUCGGAUUUUUGUGAGUGUUUGCCUAAAGGGGGCACCAAGAAUUGGACAUUAUUUUCUUUCCUUUUGCUGAAAUCCGAAAGUUCUGGCCGCCGGGAUCCCAGAUUCCACACCGGCUCGGUUCCGAUUCCGUCAAUGUGCGGCGCCAUUCUUCGGUCCCGGCCUGAGGCCAUUCUCUUUUUUGCACCUAAAUUCUUCCGUAUUUUUUGUUUUGUUCCGUCACUUUCUGUGGCUCCGGGGGACGAAGGCAGAAGGCAUUUUGUCAGGUCUGUGGAGUAGGCCAGGGAUGUCGUGGCCACACCGCUGUCGGCCACAAUCCCAUUCUUCCGGACAACGCGGCCCCAUCGCCCGAAACCCCGGGCUGGCCAUGGAGCCGGUUGAUGGCUUAAUGGGCAUCAAAUAAGAAGACGUUUCGCCUGGCCACAUCCCGUUUAUAGCUAUACUAAUGGGUGGUAGAAGUUUUUCCUUCCAAAUAAACGAUUGUCGACUCCAUUUCCCUUCAUUUCCCGUCUUCUUGCGUCUUCCCAAUUAGACGUUUUUUGGGGCGAGUUUAGUUGUGUUUGUUAAAAGGUGCAACUAUAAGUAAUACCAGAAGGGGCAGGUCGGGCCAAGAAAAACAAGGUGCAAAGUUCUUACCCAUUUCUCGAGUUCCGCAGCGCAAAUAAGGCCUUGGGUUAGUCGGGGACACGAGAUCAGAUAAAACAUCACCCCCUCCGUCGACUCCUUCCUUUCUCGGUUUAAUAAUCAACGAGUUUCCGUGUCUGUUUCCAUUUCUCGAGAAUUAUUGUUUUGUUUUCCGGCUCUUGUAUAGCGUGAAGUGACGAAGCGAGCCGCGGUCCCCGCCGUUGCCAAUCAGCCCCGUGGAUCGACGGCCAAGAAGAGGAGACUGCCUCUGUCUAUAGAACACCAUCCCACAACACCUCAGGAAACGGGUCGCGGGCGACCAUCGCCCCACCCGCUCUCCCACAUCCAAUGGUCACGUAGAAGACGUCAUCCCCAUCUCUCGCUCAGGUUCAUGUCCAUUUCAGAGGUCGGUCAUCUUGUCCGACCGUUCCUCAUAGUUCUUCUGCUUGUACUUCUGUUGGCUAGUCCUGUACAUCCACAAAGUUAUAUCAGAUCUCUGGUCAAGGCCAAUCAUAUCUUCCCUUUCGAUGUCCUUGUAGUUCUUCCCGCUCGGGAGUCCGACAACGACAAGUUUGGGCUGACGAUAGAGAAAGCCCGACCGGUCAUCGAGAUCGCCGUCGAGGUUGUGGUCAAACGUGGGAUAUUACCUCCACAUUGGGUACGUCUCAGCUACGAAGAUUCCAAAUUUUGGGAGGACCCAACCUUGGCUGAAAGACAUGCGGCUACUGCAGUUAUACGAGCACAUUGUGCAGGUCAUUUGGAUGCUGUCAUCGGGUUUGCCGAUGAAUAUUCUCUGGCUACAGUCGCAAAGAUCUCCGCCGGAUUCAACAAAGGAAUUCCGAUCAUUACAACCACCGGUCUCAACUCGGCCCUGGGGGCCAAAAAGAGUUUCCCAUUCUUGACCCGAAUGCAAGGCUCGUAUCAACAAAUGGCAGACUCUAUAUACCAACUGAUCGCCUAUCACGAUGGGAUUCAGAACUCGACUAGCCUUAACUACAAGAACUUUGUUUUUAUGUAUCAUGAUAAGAGAAGGGCGGUGAACAGAGGAAGAAUUGUAAAUGGGGAUACCAACGAGGAGACCCCCUCCAGUCAUUGCUACUUCACCGUAUAUGCGAUCAAGAUGUUCUUCAUGGAGAACAGCGCCUACUUCAAGCAGUCCUGGAAGACCCAGGCGGCUCAUGUUGCUUUUGAUGAGGGGAUCCCUCAUUCCAAGACCGACAUAACAGAAUGGCUGAAAUUGGCUGCCAAUGCCUCGAAUGGUAAGACCUGGCCUUGUUUUUUAUGCCGAAACAGACCAUAUUUAUUCUGUGGAAAUGAUCUUACGGACUUAAUGAACUCGGUCUACGGCCCGCACGUCUUUAAUUAACAUUAUUUCCAUUAAGAUCCAAUCAUCUCUCACCCGGAAUCUAAUCACGAAACUCUUUGCACAGCAUUCCUACACGAUGGCUUUAAAACUGGAGGGGCCGUUUAAAGUUUUUACUAUCAAUAGAGGUCUUUGCAAGAUGACAAAGCACUCCAUUCCCGAUUCUUUUUUUGCGUCACAUUAUUUUGCAAGAAACCCCAAGAAAAGCGAAUGUUUUGCAGCGAUCCUUAAGAAAAAUAAAUAGAAGAGACAGGACUCGCAUGUCAUGUCUCCGGGGAGGGCACGGCGACUACAAUUCGUUUCCGCCGUUAAAGAAUCAAAAGACGCAGUGAUUGGGAUGGCCAAGUUGAGGCUGGGCCCGCAAAAGACCCGGAAUUGGGGCCCCUUAGAGGCAAAAGAAGAGCCGAGAGCAGCGAUCCCACGCAGGAAGUGCCAUCAUCAAUGUCUUCUCGCCUUUUCUCUGACUUUUCGGCGAGUUUCCACUCUUUCGGCCUUCUGGCACGGCCCCACUGAAUCUUUUCUUAUACAUCUUUACGACUUCGUGCCCUUGACGUCUUGCCCUUGCCUUUCAUCGGUCCUAUGGUUUGGGAUCAUGAUCUCCGACUGAUCCCUCAAUGCUCAACCUGGUCUGCAUAGUGCUCUCCGUCUUGGGCGUCAGUCCGCUGCUUUCCGAUGCCAAUCUUACAGUCGCUACCCGGCUACCACGACGCCGCUAUUCGCAACCACGAUUCCCCAUCGAUAUUGUCGUUGGGCUUCCAGAAAACGAAGGGAACCGACUCAGAAACCCUUUUCGUCUUACCAUCGCCAAAUCUCAGCCAGUCUUUGAUGUGGCCGAAGAGGACAUCUACACGAAAAGACGACUACUUCCGAAGGAAUCCCUGCGUAUCACUUAUGAGGAUACAAAACUGAGCGAUGCAAUCGGACCUCAGAAACUAGUGGAUCGGUACUGCUCUCGCACAGUCGACGCCGUUAUGGGGCUGGCCUAUGUAUUUUCUCUGGCUCCAGUAGCUCGAAUGAGUCAAUACUGGGAACAGGGCGUGCCGGUGUUCACUACCAGCGCGAUGGUCGACGAGCUGGGGGACCGGCAAGCAUUUCCGCUUCUCACCCGACUUAUGGGGACCUAUCGGACUUUGGCCCGGAUGGUGCUGCGCAUAGUCGAGGAAUUUCAAUGGAGACAAUUCCACUUUUUCUUCAACGACCAAGCAGUCCACGGCUCUAGUCAGGGUCGGUCCGAAUGUUUUUUCUCUUUGAAUGCGAUUAAAAAUGUGUUCAACAAUGAACCUCACAUUAAGUGGACGGUUGAGAUGUUCAGUGAACAGACCGCUGACCGAGACCGCUUCCGUAUUCUACUCCAAAAAGCUUCCACCCUAACUAACAGUAUGUUCUCCCUUUACAUGUGCUUUGUGACUUUUUUUAUUUAAUUUUGGCACUAAUAUCAUACAUGGAGAGACCCUGGGGGUCGCGUAUUCUCAAGUCACAGCAAAAACAAUCAGAGUCAUCGUCUUGCAGCCUCUUCGCUCUGUCUCUCUUCCAAAUUUCAUUAAAUUCUUGCUUGCAAGGUGCCUUUUUUGUCUUAUAAAGGCUACUCCAACGAAAGAAAUUAAAAAAAGAAAGUUAUAAGCAAACUAAAACUUCAAUAUUUACAGUGAUCAUAUUAUGUGCAAGCCCGGACACCGUUCGCGAGAUUAUGCUAUCAGCCCACGAUUUGGGAAUGGCCACUUCAGGAGAGUAUGUGUUUAUCAACAUUGAUGUUUCCACAGGAUCCCACGCUGAGAAACCUUGGAUUCGGACCAAUGAGACCAAUUCUCCCGAGAAUGAAAAGGCCAAAGAAGCCUACAAAGCGCUUAAAACCAUCUCUCUCAGACGAAGUGAUCUAGAUGAAUAUAAAAAUUUUGAAACUCGGGUCAAGGAAAGAGCAGAGAAAAAGUACAAUUACUCGGCCAAAACUGGGAAAGAAUAUGAGGUAAGAAUACCUUUAACAAAACAGUUUCGCUUAAAAAGUUUACCAGUUUUGCUAUAAUCCAAAAAUAAUAAAUGCCUCCGCUUCCGCACCGCGACAUUUCCGGGACGUGGAGAGUUUUGUUAAUUUAGUGCUUACUUGUAGAAUUGCAAAAAAUUAAUACAGGUCCCUUGGCCACAGAAAAAAAUAGUAGAAGGGCUGUGAUAUCAGACUGUCGGGAAAAUAACGGCGGAUCGUCGCACCUCGGAAUCGCCCAUCACCGCUUUACGACUGCAAGCCGCGACUUGGGACUUGGUGCGCGAUAGCGGCGAGGCGAGACAUUUUGAUGCGACGAUCUGUCGUCAUUUUUCCGACAGACUGAUUUUGGGGGAUCAAGGAAAUUCGUCGCGGAAAUUACCUUGGUCCCUCCUCACCAUUUUUUCUUCGACCCCGGCCUGCCCCCCCUGUCGCGCUUUGCAGAAGCAGCUGAGAUAUUGGAUGAUCUUUGGGGACGAGGGAGAACGCGAAACGUGGAGAGGGUCAAAGGGAAACGGCUUUUUGGCCAUAUUUUCGCCAUUUCCAAAAAAAAAUAUUUUUUGUGGAAACAUUAUUCUCUCCGGUAGACAGGGAUACGAAACGUUUCAUGGUAAAAUUUGCAAUUUGGCAACUUUCGACGUUGGCAAAAUGUGUGCCAUGUUUUCUAGAAAUGUGGUUCAUCUAUCAGUAGGCACCGAUUACAUCGCAGCAUAUAAUUUUGCGUUUUUUUUACAUUCGUUUUUCGGAACCGGUCUUAAUUGAAUGGAGCCUCGGCCCGUCUAAAAGUUUGUCACGGUGGCCACCCAUGUAUAUUGAAAAUAAAUAUGUUUAUUUUAGAUGAACAAUUUUAUCAGUGCCUUCUACGAUGCUGUAUUACUGUACGCGAUCGCUCUAAAUGAGACCUUGGCUGAAGGUUUGGAUCCACGGAAUGGCCGCAAUAUUACCUCCAAGAUGUGGAAUAGGACGUUUGAUGGAAUUACUGGAAAGGUCUCGAUUGACCAAAAUGGAGACCGUUAUUCAGAUUAUUCUUUGCUUGAUCUGGAUCCCAAACAAAACAAGUUUGUGGUAAGUUGUGAUGAUUUUUAUGCGAAUCUUGUAAUCUUUUUAGGAAGUUGCGUAUUACUCUGGUGCUUCUAAUGAGUUGAAACAGAUGACUGACUUCCAUUGGGUCGGAGGCCAGCCACCUAAGGACUCCCCAAUCUGUGGUUGGGACAAGUCCAAAUGCCCUAAGGGCCUUUCAUUUCAUCAGAUCUUGUUGCUGGUUGCUUUGGCUGUUAUCUUUGUUCUUUUGAUUCUCUUCGGGUUACUUUACAGGUGAGCUAUCUUUUUUGAUUUUAUACCGGUCAUCAUGAAUAUUAUUUUAUAUUUUUUUUUUAGACGUUAUCGCCUUGAGGCCGAAUUAGCUGCAAUGAGCUGGAAAAUUCGGUGGGAAGAAUUGGACGGUGAUGAAAUGCGGAAGGAGAAAAAGAGGAAACAACAGAGAUCUAGGAAGGCCGACGUCUACAGUCCUGUCGAACAGACCGAAGCCCUGCUCAGAUCUAAUUCGAGGUCUUCUAUUGGGAGUGAUAAGGUAAUUAAUAUAAUAAUCAUGAAGUUUCUUUAAUUUUCACUUGAUUUCAAAUCUUUAUUGGUUCUAACACCGCCAAAGUAUUCAAAUCUGGUGGGAUUUCUGAGACUAACAAGAGAGCACUAGCUGUAAUCUUACAGUCGUUUCAGAGAAGCUCUUCUUCUGGAGCGACACGAAAAAUUUCCGCGAUUAUCGACCGAAAGUUCAGUGUUUUUACGAGAAAGAAGUCGUCGCCUCUGGAGAAUAAUCGGGCCAUUGAAAACAAUCACACGGGUUUCCCUCAGAUCGAUGAGGAACGCAACAUUUCUUCUCCCUCCAAUUCUAAUUCGACCAAGAAGAAGACCAGUACAGAAGAGGAUUUUGAUGUGAACACAAAAAAGUCAGUCUCUCUCAGGAAUCGAAAAUUCUCUUUUGGGGCGUUCAGCAUGAAAGUGAGUCAAGAAUUUUUUUCGUUAUGCCAUUUCCUGUUUUGAACAAUACUUAUAUUGCUUACUUGGAUGAUCAUCAGGACUAUCAUGAUCUGUUUUUUAGUCUGGUGGAUCAGUUGAAACAAUUCAAAUGCAAAAUAAUGCACAAAUCUUCACUAAAACUGCUCAAUACAAAGGUCAGAUGGUAGCUGUGAAAAUGUUGAGGAUCAAUGUACCUAAGAUUGAAUUCGAUCGGAAGACUUUACUCGAAUUCAAAACGAUCAAGGAUCUUCAACACGAACAUAUAACUCGUUUUUUUGGUGCUUGCAUCGACCCUCCCAAUACCUGUAUUGUCACGGAAUACUGCCCUAAGGGGUCCUUGGAGGAUAUUCUGGAGAACGAGAAGAUCAAAUUAGACACCAUGAUGAAGUAUUCAUUGCUUCACGAUCUGGUUAAGGGGAUGUACUUUUUACACAACAGUGACAUUAAGUCCCAUGGAAAGUUAAAGACGUCCAAUUGUGUGGUGGAUUCGAGGUUUGUACUCAAGGUUACGGACUUUGGUUUGACUAAAUUCCGAGCAUUGGAAGAAGUGACCCCGGAAGAAAGAGAAACCCAUGCUUUCGCCAGAAGUGAGUAGAUUGCAAUAAAAACAAGAUAAAUUAAUUCGUUUAGAGCAAAUAUGGACAGCACCAGAACUUGUUCGUGAAGGAAAUCAUCCAGAGAAUGGGACACAAAAGGGAGAUGUCUAUAGUUUUGCUUUGAUUUUACAUGAGAUGGUGUUCAGAAAAGGUGCCUUUUAUCGAGGAGAGGAUGAGUUCCCCGAACCUCAAGGUGAGUGGACUCUUUUUUUAAUUAAGUGAUUCAGAAAUCCUGGAAAGAGUAAAAAGGAAACCUCUGUGUGAGGAUGAUUGGUAUCGGCCAGUCACCACCGAAGACAUGAUGGAAGAAGAGGGGGCCAUAAAUGAUGACAAGAGAAAGCUCGUCGACCUGAUGAUCAACUGCUGGAGUGAGAAUCCUCAUGAUCGGCCUGAAUUCAGUGUGAUCAGAAAGAUUGUCCAUACUCUUAAUAAGUAAGUAUUCUGGAAGUUGCUCAAAAGUUUUUUUAUAUAUCUUAUACGUUCGUGUUUUAGGGAAAAUGAGACCUCAAAUCUUGUUGACAAUCUGCUCAAACGUAUGGAGCAAUAUGCUACCAAUUUGGAAGGUUUGGUGGAGGAAAGGACCCAAGAAUAUCUGGCAGAGAAGAAGAAGGUCGAGGAACUUCUCCAUCAGCUUCUUCCUCCGUCCGUAGCUGAUCAACUGAUGUCCGGCAGAAGUGUUCAACCAGAAACUUAUGAUUGUGUCACCAUUUACUUCUCUGAUAUUGUCGGGUUCACUUCGCUUUCUUCUGCAUCAACAGCCAUGCAGGUAAAGCAAAAAAUAAUAUUAAUGGCUUUUGAGAUUCGAUUACACGUGACAUUCAUAACGACGGUUUGUUUAUUUUAGGUUGUAACCCUUCUUAAUGACCUUUACUUGGCCUUUGAUGGGGUUGUUGACAACUUCAAGGUAUACAAAGUGGAAACAAUCGGUAAGCAGCUAACCUUCAUGUGUGUUUAACCAUUUAUAAAUAUACAUAUUUAUACGUCAUCUUUUAGGAGAUGCUUAUAUGGUGGUAUCAGGUUUGCCGGAAAGGAGAGAGGACCACGCUUCUCAGAUCGGUCAAAUGUCUUUGGCAUUACUUCACAAAGUCAAAACAUUUACAAUUAAACAUCGUCCAGGGGAACAACUCAAGCUUCGCAUUGGAAUGCAUUCCGGUAAGUAAUGUUUCACAAGCCGAUCAAAUCAUGGAGCUUUUACUGUAAUAUGUAUUUUUAGGAUCAGUGGCCGCAGGUGUUGUAGGAUCAAAGAUGCCUCGCUACUGUCUUUUCGGAGAUACCGUAAACACAUCCAGCAGAAUGGAGUCGAAUGGAUUGCGUAAGUUUUCUUGAAUGCGCAUUAAAUCUUUGGUCUUUCAAUAAAGGAAUACUUUAAAUUUCUUUUGGUUUCAGCUCUUCGAAUUCACGUCUCAUCCAGAACCAAAGAGAUCCUAAGCCAGGAUCCGGACUUCCGUUUGGACCUCAGAGGUGAGGUGGAGAUGAAGGGAAAGGGCAAGCAGACCACCUACUGGCUUAAGGGCUACAAGGAUGUAAAUAUCCCCGACUUCGGACCUGAAUAUCGAUGA